AUGGCUAAGCGCGAAUUUUCAAGCACAUUGAAGAACUUGAAGAGAUGUGGUGGUGGUUAUGGUGCUCCUCGUGGUGGUUUCCGUGGUGGUCGCCGUGGCGGUUUCAGUAACGGAGAUUCAGAGGAUGGCGACCGCCCACGUCGGCCAUAUGAACGCCGAAGCAGGACAGGGUGUGGGAAUGAGUUCAAAUGCGAGGGUGCUGGUCGUGGGAACUGGGGAACACAGGCUGAUGAGAUUACUCAGGAAACUGAAGAAGUGGUGGUUGAAGGGGAGAAAAAUGUGGGCUCUGAUAAACCAUUUGCUGAAGAAGAGGCAACAAAUGAGAAAAAGGAGAAUGCUGCAAAUGAACCCGAGGAUAAGGAGCCUGAGGAUAAGGAGAUGACUUUAGAAGAAUAUCAGAAGGUUUUGGAAGAGAAGAGGAAAGCUCUGGAGGCACUUAAACAAACUCAGCAGAUCUUCCUCCAAACCACAAAAGGAGAGUUGGUAGCAGAGUAUAAAGGAAUCAUCCAAUCCAACUGCAUUGACUGUCUUGACCGCACAAACGUCACCCAGGGUCACAUGAGUCUAUAUGUGGCUCUCUCUUUUUCUCAAUGUUACCGUUUAUUUCUUUCUUUCCCACUUUUUCAUUCAUUUUAUGAGGUUAUAUGUAUUUCCCUGGAUAUUUCAGUGUAG